AUGUGUGCGCGAAGAGCCCUACGAGGCGCUCUUCGGGCUCGUCCCCGCAUCGAGGACGGGCUCUCAGCUCUCAUGAAGGGCGGCGGGCCGUGUCCGGAGAAGGCCCGCGUCGCCAUCUCCGGCAUGCCGGCAGCCCACUUCACCGUCGCCUCCUCGGUCGCUGCCGCUUCCCUCGCAGUACGAGGUCGGCGUACCGUCUGCGCGUACCUGCUCGAAGGCCUACAACCGCACCGCGGCGGCUUGUCGCAGGCGACCAUCGAGUGCUACACGGACAUCGCGGACGAGAGUGCGGGCGUUCGCGCGGUCACUGUCACGUCUCGGCCCGUCCUCGACAUCGACCCGACCGCCGUCAUCGCCGCUCCAGUCGACGCGGCGUUCGACCCGGCCAUGCCUGCGCGAGAAGCCCUACGCGGCGCUCUUCGGGCUCGCCGCAUCAAGGACGGGCUCUCAGCUCUCAUGAAGGGCGGCGGCCCGUGUCCGGAGAAGACGCGCGCCGAGAGGCGCUACAUGGUCGACUUCAAUGAGAGCGAGGGCGAGUCGGCUUUCUUGGUUGUGAGAUCAACAAAGGGCGUCUGGUUCGACAACCCCCACGUGUUCCAUCGGAGCCUCGCAAAGGUGCCAAUCAGCUUUUGUUUCGCGGAGGGGGCCCAGGUUCAGACCGAGCUCGGGCCAACGGCUUCCGUCAAGGUCGGCGGCUACUUCGCUUCCAGUGCGGAUUAUGAGGAGUGGUAUCAGCGCCGCCGCGCGAGCCUGACGCUGCCGCCUUUCCUCGGAGCUGAGGAUAUCCACCUCGAGAACCUCCAGAGGUUGAAUUCUUCCUACGCCAUUCGCGCGACACCGCCGAUGGGCCGCGAUUACUAUCGAGAGCUGGGCGUCGCCAAGGACGCCAAGGAUGCCGACAUCAAAAAGGCGUACCGAAAGGCCGCCGUGCAGUGGCACCCCGACAAAUGGGCGGGCAGGUCGGAGAGCGAGCAAAAGACUGCGGAGGAGAGGUUCAAGGAGGUGGCCGAGGCAUACGACGUCCUCUCCGACCCGGACAAGCGCGCCGUGUUUGACCGAUAUGGCGAGGAGGGGCUCAAGGCUGGCGGGCCUCCGCCGCCGGCCUCGGACGGCGACACGCACCACUUUGGCGGCUUUGGCCAGGGUGGGAGCAGCUUUGCGCACGGCGGCGGCGGCGGCGCGGGCUAUGAGUUUAGAGGAGACCCGGCCGACAUCUUUGCGCAGUUCUUUUCCGGCGGCUUCAAGCGGCAAAACUCGUUUGGCGAGACCCCGUUCGAUGGGCACGGCGGGCUCGAGGAGAUGCUCGCCGGGAUGGGCGGCGGUGGUGGCGGGAGGCCCAAGGCCAGGCGCUGCCACCUCCCGGAGCGCGAGCACAAUUUGCCCUGCACGCUGGAGGAGCUGUACCGCGGUAAGCUCAAAAAGAUGAAGGUGACGCGCAAGUCGCUGACCCCUGGUCGGCCGACAGAGAAAAUCCUCGAGCUGCCCAUCCGGCCCGGUUUCAAGGCUGGGACGAGGAUCACCUUCUCGGGCGAGGGCGACGAGUACGCUGUCCCUCCCCCGGGCGCCCCGCCGUGCGCGCAGGACAUCGUGUUCAUUAUUCGCGAGGCCAAGCACGAGCGGUUCCACCGCGAGGGCAGCGACCUACACUACCGCAUCAAGAUCUCGCUCAGCGACGCGCUCUGCGGCUUUACGCACGACAUCAAAAUGCUCGACGAGCAGGAGCGGGUCAAGCGGCUCAACAUGCGGACGCCCGUCUCCAACGUGACGACCAAGGUGCUCGCGGGUGAGGGCAUGCCCAAGAGCAAGGAGCCCGGCAAGAAGGGAGAUCUGAUUAUCUCUUUCGAGGUGGCCUUCCCGACUCGAGAGCUCACCGACACUCAAAAGGCCGCCGUCCGCUCCGCCCUGCCCAUGGGUUGAGCGAGGAGUCGGGGACGGGCGGUGGAUGAUGCUUGGUGCUCGCGCCCUUCCUCCGCCCACCGCUUCGCGGGACCUGCGAGCAUCUUACUAGGACCUAGCACCCGCAGUCUAGACCAGCGCAAGCAUAGAGGUGUACGCUCGAGAUCUGAGAGAUAGGGUCGACCCGCUUGAUGCGGACCGCGAGGUCUUCCGGCCAGAGCUCACGUCAUCGCGGCAGCGUCUGCUGCAGAUCCUGUUACGCGCACG